UUUUAUGUAUAUAUCGGAACUAAACAAUUUACUUAUCUGUUUAUUUAUUUCCGAAACUUCAACCAAAGAGAGACAAACAACGUAAAUUCAAUCAGUGUACUUUACCGUAACCGAAAACAAAGGCUUUGGCGGUCACUCUUUGUAACAAGGUUUUCUAGUUUUGCUUCCAGCGCCGAGCGUAUUGUACUUUCAGAACGGAUGUGUAUAUUUCAAACAAACUCAUUAUUGACACGUAAAGAAAAAAUCUUUAAUUUCUUUAGCCUGAUAGCGCGGAAGUAAAUACUUUUUCAAGGAACUUUUUUAACGCGUAAAUGCACGGAAUAUUCUGUUUAUGAAUCGUGAUGAUUUGAUAAUGGCUGAAUUACGGAAUGGAUUUUUGACGCCAGAAAACUCGUCUAAAUUGACCAGACUAAUCGACAAGUUUCGCUUCCUAACGGUACUAAACGAGAAACAAGUGGAAGUGUGUCACGAAUUCACAUUUAUUUCAGAGGGUUUUCUGGUCGAGUUUUGGGAAAGUAUAGAACAACCCGGAAAGGACUGGAACUAGGAAAACCAAGCACUCAUUUGUCCAGCAACAAAAUAGCGCUUUUAUGUCUCAAAUGUGACUUAAUAAAUGUUAGACGAGUUUUGUUUCACGAAUUCACAGUUACUCGUCCUGAUAGGAUUCUCGUUCUCUAGUGUGAAUACGGCCAAUCUUGUUUUCGAGAUGAAUUGUCGCUCUGCCUGACAUAAAAAUUAAGGGCUUCCGGGACUGUAGCGAUAAUAGUGGAUUAGUCACAGUACGAGCCACUGAUAACGUUGUAUAAUUUUUUAACCUGACAGAUUUGAAUAAACAUUUAUUGAAGACUUUCAAGACGGCGAUAGGUUAAUGAGUCUGUUACUUUCGUGCGAGCAAAUUGAGGUUCUCCAACGAGAUUAUCCAGCAAACAAUACAACGCUGGAAAAACAAAGGAGGUCCAACGAAAAAGCUUUUAGGCAAAAUAAUAACAAAGCUUCAACUGCGUAAUUGCUCACCGAGCUAUUUAUCAUCUGUGCGUAUGGCUUAAUAGAAUGAUUGUUCGGAGUCAAACUCUGCCUGCGUAUCAUCACCGUAUUUCUUCGAAAUUUGGCUACUGAAGGUGCCCACAAAAUCUUUUUGCCUGAUAUUAAAUUCAAGAUAGUUUAUAAGGCGGCGAGAAAAGAAACUUUUCACCGCCAUAUUCGGAAGUUGGUUAUCAGGAAAUUGUUCAAGUACGUGGUUAAAAUUGAAUCAAAAUUAGGCGCUUUCUUUUCAAUCUUUUGUUGAUAGGUUGAAGGCAAUGUCUUAAAUAAUAUUCUCCUUGCUGGUGAACUGUGACAGUCAGAGGAAAGUUGCAGCGAGCGGUAACUCUCUCUCUCAGGGCCUGAAAUACGAGAGUGCGAUGGAUACAAAUGUGUCUUUGUUCAACAAUCGCUCAUCGAAUGACACAUAUCAACCGGCGACAAUCACUACAGUCCUUUUCGCGUUCGUGAUAGCGACGGGUUUUCCAGGGAACGUCCUAAUUGUGGUCGCGAUUAUCGCCCGUCAGCGACUCAGAACUCCUUGUUACUCUCUGGUUCUCAGCAUUGCUAUAGCGGACCUUGGCAUGGCAUUGAUUGCCGCUCCCCAGCGCAUUAUAGAGAACUACAUCGGCUGGCCCUUUGGUAAAUUCUUGUGCAACUUCCUUGUGUCCAUCCCGGAGCUUUUUGUCAGCGUGUCUGUCAUGACUCACACGGCAAUCGCACUGGAAAGAUACCGUGCAAUUGUACAGCCGUUCAAGGGACGAAUGUGCGUGAAGACAGCAAGAGUGGUUGUUGCCGCCAUCUGGUUCGCUUGCUACAUCACAGCAGCUUUACCUCAAGCUAUCAUGCUCGAUCUCGUGCAAGACCCAGAUGGAAAAUUUUACUGUGUUCCGAUGUUCCCCUCGAUGGUUGUCCGUCGUGUUUACGAGUUUUACCUCGUACUCGUGUUCAUCGCCCUUCCGUUAAUUUUUCAAUCUUGGUGCUAUGUUAACGUGUUCGUUUUUGCCAGACGAGAAAUGAACCUCUCGAGGAAAAACACCGAUAAUAAGGACGCAUUUCAGCGUUGCAAGAAAAAGAUUCGAUUGGUCUUAGUUUUGGUUUCCCUUGUUGCCGUUUUUCAAAUCUGUUCCAUUCCUCGAGGUGUUUUAAUGCUCAUAAGAGAAUUCGAAGGAGAUGCCGUAAUGUGGACAAACAUGUUUUAUUUUUAUGCGGACGUGAUUUCGCUUUUCGCUUAUUACAUAAAGCAUAUGAUAAAUCCUGUAAUUCUUUGGUCCACGAGUAGUGAGUUCCGAUUUUGCUGCGGAAAUUAAUUUACAUUUGUUCAGUAAUAGAUAACUGGAAUUUGAAA